UAAAUAUGGCUUUUGCUUUUGAAAUUUUAAGCCGCGUUGAUAUUUCACGGGGAGAGAAACUAUCAGCUAAAGAAACAACUACUAAAACAAUGGCAAGGUUAGGUGCCCACGGCACUUAAACGGCUUUAGGUUAGGCCCAAUAUAUAGCACGCAUGUAUGUAUUAAGAAAAAGAGAAAACCCUAGGACAAGGUGUGGUGGUAACUGGAAAGAGGAGAUCUGUGUCUGAGAUUUUGUUAAAAGGUUGAGAGAGAGAGGAUGAGUUGGUACGAUUCGGCGGCGAAGACAGGCAAAAAUAUAGCGGUGUGGUGGGACAUGAAGGACUGUCCGGUUCCAGAGGGUAUUGAUGCUCAUCGUGUCCGUCCGAGUAUAGAAGGUGCCUUAAAGGAACAAGGCUACUCUGGUCCUGUCUCCAUCACAGCCUAUGGAGACCAAAAACAAACCCCUGACUGCCUGCUACGAGCUCUCUCUUCCACUGGAGUCGCGGUGGUACAUAUCAGAUCUGAAAGCACGUGCGCAGUCAUGUACAAGGAUAUGGUGAAAUGGCGAGAGGAUAAUCCUCCUCCGGCUACAAUGAUGAUCAUAACCAAUCAGAUGCUAGAUGUCUUCCAUUGGGAUCUGGCCCGGCUUCAACAACGCACGAGUUACGACCUUUUUCUGGCUUAUUCAGUCGAACCUCGCGCCCAAUUGUUCGUGUACACACUCGAAACGUGGCUCUGGAAAAAAUUAUUACUUGGGACGACUGCGUCCGUGACAAGCAGCAGCAGCAGCGAUGCCAUCGUGUUUUAUUGCAAAUCGUGCUCUUUGGAAUGCCUAAGCCUGAAGAGUUUCAAAAAGCAUCUCUCCACUGAAAAGCAUGCAAAACAAGAGGUUUUACACCCUCAGCCUAAACAACUCAAUUCUGUAACGAGCAAGUGGGGGAAGAACUACGCUGCUACGCCUGAAUAUGCGACAGCUAAAAUCCAUGUCUGGUGGGACAUGUUUGAUUGUCCUAUUCCCGACGGUUAUGACGCUCAUCGAGUCCGUCCCAGUUUGGAAGGAGCUUUCAAGGAACUAGGCUACUCUGGUCCUGUCUCCAUCACUGCCUUUGGUGACUAUAAAAAAACCCCUAAACGCCACCUUCAUGCCCUCUCUUCCACUGGAAUCGAUGUUGUACAUGUCAUUCCGGAAAUCAUAUACUCUCGCAUGCGUGAUGACAUUUUUAAAUGGCGAAACGAUAAUCCUACUCCGGCUACAAUGAUGAUCAUUUCGGAUGAGGCUAAAUAUGUCUUUGGAACUUCUCUUGCCCAGGCUCAACAAGAAGUUAAUAAGUACAACCUGUUUUGGGCUUAUUCUUUUAGGCCUCGGGAAAUGUCAGUCAUGGUCACUUCUGCCGAGUGGCUCUGGGAUAGCUUACUUGCAGUUUCAGAGACAAAAAGACAUGUUCUUCGCAAGUGCAGUGGAAGUAGUGAAAGCGUGGUUGAAUCUACCGGAAUGUUUUAUUGCAGACUGUGCGUCUCGGAGCGCAGACUCUGCUUCUAUAAGCGCAAACUGUUGGAUAAAUUCAUCAAACACCUCUCGAGUAGAAAACAUCUCUCUAAAGAAGAGUUUAUUACUGAUUGUCGUCAACAUAACAAGAACCUGGGACUGUUCUGGCUAGAGGCAAGUUUUUUUUCUUAAUGAUAAGUUUCUAACAGAUUUUACAACAGUGACACAACACUAUGUUUUUUUUCAUUUUGUAGAAAGAACAUUUCCCAGAGAGCAAGCGGUUGAAGAAAUCUGCCUAGGAGAGGUUGUGACUGAAGAAGUGAUAUCAGAGUCUAAUACUAUCGACCUAUCUUUAUUUUUCUUGUUCUAGUCAGUCGUGAGUGUACACCACAUCACCAAUAAUUGAUAAACUGUUACGUUGUACAUUACAAGUACAUAUUCACAUUAAGGAUCGGACUCUACAUUUAUGGAUC